AUGGCCCGCCCUGGCCCCGCCGAGCCCGGGGCCGCCGUCGAGCAGCUCUGCCGGGACCUCAACCUGGACGCGGCGAGCGCGGCCGAGGCGCUGCGGGACUUCACGGCGCUGCGGGGCACCUACAGCCUGGAGGGCGAGCCGCUGCACUGGUUGGCCUGCGCGCUGUACGUCGCCUGCCGCCGGAGCCGGGUGCCCACGGUGGGGAGCGUCCCGAUGGAGGGGAACGGCGUGUCCCUGACCCGCAUCCUGCGCUCCGCGCGCCUCAGUUUAAUUCAGUUUUUUAGCAAAAUGAAGAAGUGGAUGGACAUGUCAAACCUACCACAGGAAUUCCGAGAGCGAGUGGAGCGGCUGGAGAGAAAUUUCGAAGUGUCAACUGUGAUUUUCAAGAAGUUUGAACCAAUAUUUUUUGAUGUAUUUCAAAACCCUUAUGAAGAAACUUCCAAGCCGCAGCGAAGCAGGAAACAGAGGCGGGUACCAUGCAGUGUCAAAGAUCUCUUCAACUUCUGCUGGACUCUCUUUGUGUACACUAAGGGUAAUUUCCGUAUGAUUGGAGAUGAUUUAGUAAAUUCCUAUCAUUUGCUUCUGUGCUGCUUGGACCUGAUUUUUGCCAAUGCCCUUCUGUGUCCAAACAGAAGAGACUUGCUAAAUCCAUCAUUUAAAGGCUUACCAGUGGAAUUCCACGCUCUGGAGAUCAAAGCCUCUGAAGACCCUCCCUGCAUCAUUGCCACGCUGUGUGAGCUGCACGACGGGCUCCUGGUAGAAGCAAAAGGCAUAAAGGAACACUACUUCAAACCAUACAUUGCAAAGCUGUUUGAUAGGAAGAUCUUAAAAGGAGAUUGUCUGUUGGAUCUCUGCAACUUUACAGAAAAUAGCAAAGCACUGAAUAAAGAGUAUGAAGAGUAUGUUCUGACCGUGGGUGAUUUUGAUGAGAGAGUUUUCCUGGGAGCUGAUGCUGAAGAAGAAAUUGGCACUCGAAAAUUCCCUGCAGAUGUGCUAGUAGAGAAAACAGCAGCACGAGCUCCCACAGAGUGUCACCUGCAGCAGCAUUUUGAAAAGAAAAGAUCAUUUGCACCUUCAACUCCACUGACUGGCCGACGAUAUCUGCGAGAAAAGGAAGGUGUCAUCACUCCUGUGGCUUCAGCCACUCAGAGCGUGAGCCGCUUGCAGAACAUGGUGGCUGGGUUGAAAAAUGCACCCAGUGAACAACUUACAGCUAUUUUUGAGUCCUGUGCCCGCAGCCCCAUGGAAAGCAUCAUGAGCAGAGUGAAGGAGAUUGGUGAGACCUUCUGCUGCAGCUACACUCAGUCAACAGAUGAGCAGCCAGGCUCUCAUAUAGAUUUUGCUGUAAACAGAUUAAAACUGGCAGAGAUCUUGUACUAUAAAAUCUUGGAGACUGUAAUGGUGCAAGAAACACGGAGACUGCAUGGGAAGGAUCUGACUGCUCUCCUGGAGCAGGAUCUGUUCCACCGCUCCCUCCUGGCGUGCUGCCUGGAGAUCGUGCUCUUCGCCUACAGCUCCCCUCGCACCUUCCCCUGGAUCAUUGAAGUGCUCGACCUCAGGCCCUUCUAUUUCUAUAAGGUAAAUAGCCUCUGACUCAGGACACAACUGGUUUGUUUCUGGGUGUGUGUAUCCUCUCCAGGUAUUGCAAAUGAAAUGGGUGGGAUCACCUUGAUCCCCAUUUCAAUUAAUUUAGGCCAGCCGUGUAAAGUGGAGGCUCUGGCUCCCUCCUGCCACCCCCCAGGGAACCAAGCACAGGAAGUGCAGGUGUCAGCAGCGAGCAAACCAAAGAGAACGGGGUCCUUGGCACUGUUCUACAGGAAGGUCUAUCACCUGGCCAGUGUGCGCUUGCGUGACCUGUGCUUGAAGUUGGAUGUUUCCAAUGACUUGCGCAGGAAGAUAUGGACGUGCUUUGAAUUCACGUUGGUUCACUGUGCUGAUCUAAUGAAGGACAGACAUUUGGACCAGCUCCUCCUCUGUGCCUUUUAUAUCAUGGCGAAGGUAACCAAAGAGGAAAGAACUUUUCAGGACAUAAUGAAAAGUUACAGGAAUCAGCCACAAGCAAACAGCCAUGUUUAUAGGAGUGUCUUGUUGAGAAAUAUUUCUGCUGAUGUCUCGGGCAAAAAUGCAGACCCAGAUACAGAGAUGACAGAAGACUCAGCUGUGAAAGCUGCCAGUUCCUCUGGACGAUCCGCAGCAGAGAACUCCAGUGAGUCGGAAACAGAGGAGAGAGGAGAUCUGAUUAAAUUUUACAAUGCGGUCUAUGUAGGACGAGUAAAGGCAUUUGCACUGAAGUACGAUAUCACAAACCAGGAUCAUGUGAUGGAAGCCCCUCCCUUGUCCCCAUUCCCCAGCAUCCGGCAGCAGCCAGUGUCCCCCCGGCGCAUCUCCCAGCAACACUCUGUUUACGUGUCGCCUCACAAGAACGGCGCCUGCCUGACGCCCCGAACUGCACUGCUCUACAAGUUCAGUGGGAGCCCUUCCAAGAGUUUGAAGGACAUCAACAAUAUGAUAAAACAAGGUGAACAGAGGAGCAAGAAGCGAGCAAUAACAAUUGAUAGUGACACUGAAUCCCCCACAAAGCGACUCUGCCAGGAAAAUGAUGAUGUUCUUCUAAAACGUCUCCAGGAUGUUGUCAGUGAAAGAGCAAAUCAUUAAAACUGCCUGUUUCCUGUGGGAUCUAAAAACUAUGGAGCUGGUUACAGCUGUUGUGCUGUUUAUUUCCUGGCUUUGUAUACAGACAACUGCCAAGUUUCUUUAACACUGAACUUUUACCUGACUUCCACAGGAUGCAAAAAGCAAUAGUUAAGUAGGAAAUGCCAGUGAUCUUCAUUCCCAAAGGCCAUGCUGUGCUAUAACUUUGAGCUGUUUUAGCAAGAGUGUUUUGUAGAAAGCCAUAUUGGAUGUUCUCAGGCCUAACUGGGAGCAUCGUGAGUUCUGAGUGUAACUCAGCUUCUAGUAACAUUGGUUUUAUUUUUGGAAUCAGAUUGGUAAAGAAAUGAGUGAACUCAGUUUAAGUUUCCUCAAACUUUUUAUAUUUAGAGAAAAAAUUUUCAAAGUGCCUUAUUUUAAAAGAAUGUGAAAUUUUAUGCAUUAUUUUCUGUGGAGUAACUGGAGGGAAUAAAAAUGGAUCAUUUAGCCUCAGGAAGAGCUGAGCAGUUUUGAACUGUCAGAACUUCACUUAAAGUGUAGGUUGUGACAUGGAUCUGACAGCUUUGCAGUAAUGGGGCAAUAAUCAAAAAAUACAAAUAGCAGUGACUUAAAUUGGACUCUGGUAAAGCACUGAGAUACAGUUCAGUGAAUUCCCUUUCUUUUGAGCCAGGGGGUGCUGCCACAUUGGAAGUUACAGAGCAGCCAGCCCUAGAAGAUUUUCAAAUGGAUGGCAGCUCACCCUGAAGAAUUACAAGCGGAUUACAGUUAAAAUCAGCAGCUGGGGCAAGAUUAGAGCCAUAGAGAAACUUCUCAGCACUGUAAUUUUCAGUUUCUGUGUAACUGAACUGAAAAAAAAAAAAGGAACGAUUACACAUAGGACUUGUUUGAGGAGCUCUGCUCACUUCGUUGGCUGGGUUAGGUUAGUAUGGAAGUGUUAGUAAAAAGCACUGUGAUGAUUUUGGGCAGUCUCAGCCAAUGAAUCUGGCCAGGAGUCAGAGAGGAGAAAUUGAUUCCUAAGUGUGAGUGAUUCCUAAGAGUGAGGGACACUACUCAGCAAGGAGUAGAAAGUUUACAAACUUGGUUUUGAAUUCUUUGAACUACUUGAAUUUUGUUUUUUUGGUUUUGUUUUUUUUUUUACUUUCAAAAAAAGGUGCUUGGUGCUUGGCCAUGGAGAGCUGCAGCGUGAGGAAAUGGCCAUGCAGAGGACUAACUUCCGUGUCGAUUCUUCAGUUUCUUUAAUUUUAUUCAAGUUUUAAUGUUUGUCUUCAGAUUUUGAGAUAAAAAGUGGAGGAUUCUAGCCUUUCUGGGUGGGAAAUGUAUGGUCAGACAUAACAGGGUCAGUCUUUUCACAGUAUUGUAUGACGAGAGUUUAGUUGAUUUGGUUUACGUUUGACAUGACGUGCACAUCUCAUGUGUCUGGUCCCCACGCUGUCACUGCCUUCUCUGAGACCAGAAAACUGAUGGUGCCAAAAUCCUUAGUAGUUGUCUUUAAGUGUAGUGUUUCUGCAGUUCAGAAUUUUUCACCUUUUUAGGUGAUAGAAAAAAUAUUUUUGGCUUGUUGAACAGCUGAAACAAUAGCUUACAUGGAAAUUUUGUUAACGGUUUCAAAGUGCCUUCACAUGUAAAUCUUUGUUUUAUAAUAAACAACUAAAAAGUAUUUUAACCUA